ACCACAGAUAGCACCGGAGCAAAGCCAGAGGGAGUGAGGAGAGGAGAGGAGUCAGUCGCUCCAGGGAAAAAGAGUGAGGCAGGCUGGAGAGAAGGAGAACAGAAAAGGGUGAAGGGGAACCACAGUGCACACGGGAACUGACUCAGGAGGCAGAGAAGAUGGGCAUCCUCAGCGUAGACUUGCUGAUCACACUGCAGAUUCUGCCAGUUUUUUUCUCCAACUGCCUCUUCCUGGCGCUCUAUGACUCGGUCAUUCUCCUCAAGCACGUGGUGCUGCUCUUGAGCCGCUCCAAGUCCACUCGCGGGGAGUGGAGGCGCAUGCUGACCUCAGAGGGAAUGCGCUGCAUCUGGAAGAGCUUCCUCCUUGAUGCCUACAAACAGGUGAAAUUGGGUGAAAAUGCUCCCAAUUCCAGUGUGGUGCAACUCUCCAAUCCUGAAGGAAGUGACAACAUUGGAAAUGGUGCCCAAGAGAAGAAAAUUGUUGGAACUGAGUGCCAUCUUCUUGACUUUGCCAGUCCUGAGCGUCCACUCGUGGUCAACUUUGGCUCAGCCACUUGACCUCCUUUUACUAACCAGCUGCCAGCCUUCAGCAAACUGGUAGAGGAGUUCUCAUCUGUAGCUGACUUCCUGUUGGUCUACAUUGAUGAGGCUCAUCCUUCAGAUGGUUGGGCGGUGCCUGGGGAUUCUUCUUUGUCUUUUGAGGUGAAGAAGCAUCGGAACCAGGAAGACCGAUGCGCCGCAGCCCACCAGCUUCUGGAGCGUUUCUCCUUGCCGCCCCAGUGCCGAGUUGUGGCUGACCGCAUGGACAAUAAUGCCAAUGUAGCUUAUGGGGUAGCCUUCGAACGUGUGUGUAUUGUGCAGAGACAGAAAAUUGCUUACCUGGGAGGAAAGGGUCCCUUUUACUACAACCUUCAAGAAGUCCGGCGUUGGCUGGAAAAGAAUUUCAACCAGAGAUGAAAUCUAGAUUAACUAGUUAAAGAUAGGAUUGUAACAGAGCUUUUCAAAAAAAAGAAAUAUAUAUGUAAAGGAAAAGAAACUAAGAACUGAAUCCACUAUUUCAACUGAAUCUCAUUGCCUCGCUGAAUGACAGGAAUUUACAUGUGAGAAGAAUGUAAACCUCUAACAUCGCAAUACUUCUUUCACCACUCAAAUGGCAUUUGGCUAAAUAGUAGUCCCAUCACUUCUCUUAAAAAAAAAAAAAAAGAAACUUAAGAGACUUCUGAUUGAAAAUAUCCCAAGAUGGAGAGGAAGAAACCCUGUUUGCUGCAGCUGAUGUUUUGAGACCUGAAGGAAAGACUUACCUGACUAACUACCAUGUCAGGCAAACUGCUGUUCUUAUCAGUAUAAGGGGUAUUGCCUAGGAUUUAUUUGGCAUGGAUAGAGCUCAACAAGAAAAUUCUUAAAUGUUUACUUAUAAGGAGGCCUUGAACCCAGGCCAUGUGGUUAGGACCUUGGCCUUUAACAUGUUAGUUUCUGAUUUUCUAGUUCUAGCUGUGUUGUGCUCAGUGUCAGUCUGAACGUCCCAGAGCUCACAGGUGUAUUUGUAAAUAUUAAGAAUGAUUCCUAGCUGGAGGGUAAGCAUGAUCAUCUGAAGCCUGAGGGUAACUUUUGAGAGGUGAGAAAAGCUCUAAAAGGAAAUCGAGUCAACUAGCUAGAAAAAAUGAGGCAGAAGGAUUAGAAGGCUUCAUAGAGUUUCACCUUGAGAAUGGCACCAAUUUCCUACCCACAGAAAUAUACACAGAAAAAGAAGAAGCUCAACUAAAGGUAGCAUAGAGAAUAUACAUAGGAAAUCAAUGUAUUUAUCAUACACUCCUAGACUGAAGGAGAAAGAGGGAUGAAAGGAAAAAACACACUCUAAUAUUUGUAUUUCUGAGGUUUCUUUCUGAGAAGUGAUUACUUUUUGAAACCUGUUUGUGAUAUGUAUUAUACACCUGUUAAUGGGUGAAUUAUACUCCAUGAUACUGACUAAAAGUGAAACCAGUGGGUUUACGAGUGCUGGUCUGUCCCUCUUCAUUUCCACAGUUUUGAUGUGGCCCUACUCAUUCUCGAUCUGAGUCUCUAUAGAAGUGUUUUCUCAAUGCUGAGCUCCUCAGGUCAAGAUAUGUAUCCAUUCCAUUUCAUUCUCGGAUGUUGUGGGAACUUUCAGCUGCUGUGGGAACUUUCAGUUUGCCUUUCAAAGUAGGUGAACUAUAAUGAAUGAUUGGUACAGACAAACAUGGUUUCUUCAGUUGCUAAGUAAAAGGAAGAGAAAGUUAGUUUGAGAUAAUUCCCAUCAGUAAUUGUGGAGACUUUUCUAUAAGACAAUUUUCACAAGCAUGGAAUUUUGUAAAAUGAAAUUCCCAUUGACAUUUGAAUUUGGACUUGGCUCUUCCUUUGUUUAUAUUAGUUGAGGUCUAUAAUCUAAGGCCUCUAUAGUACAUUAAUAUAAAGCUAUUUUAAUAUAUAGAUACCAUAUUUCUCUUUAAAAAUGAAGACACAAUAGCUUUACCUAUAAGUAA